GGACAUGAAGAACUUUCAAGAAGAGAGGGCUGCUUAUGAAGGCCACCUGUGAAAAAGCCAAUUAAUAAAGCUUCUGGAAUGCAAUCUAGGGAUGAUGACCUUGACUUGGCUGAAUUUUCACAGGGGGUGAAGUCUGGUCAGUCAUCCAAAUCCAGGCAACUUACUUCACGACCUGAAGCUAUGCUGAUGGAUUUUGUUGUUCGGCCUCAAUCGAAGGUUGAUCCAGAGGAAGUUAGGGCCAGGGCGAAACAAAUAGUGCAAGACCAGCGUCGCCUCAAGAUGAAUAAGAAGUUGCAACAACUAAAAGCACCUAAAAAGAAGUCUCUCCAAGCUUCAAAAGUCAGCGUGGAGGGUCGCGGAAUGGUCAAGUAUUUGUAGUGCAUUUCGCAUGGUACGCAAAACCCGGCGCGCUGGCUCAUUUCACACAUGGACCCGAGGAAAAUGUUAGCCAUCAAAUUACAAAUGCAAACUCGACCAUCUUUUAAUUAUUUCUCAGGGCGCUGAUCGGCAACAGCAGCGGUGCUUCUCGGUGG